CUUCCACACUUCCAGACGCGCCAUUAGGGCUGCUAGGUGGAGAAAGAGCCAGUGGCCGUCCCAGUCAGAGCGGGAAGACGAAUUUGGAGGACUCAGGGGCUCGCAGGUGCUGUUCUCUCGUCUCCGAUCCUGUUGCUCCGGAAAGCCACGCCCCCCCGGCUUGCCCUGCAGACUGCCUUCUUUUCCUGCCUGGGGUCUCGCCGGGCGUUCACACGACCAAGACGAGACGCGUGUUUGGGUCGCACCGCCACGGAGGGGGAAGCCGAGGGACCUACCUGGCAACAGUACCGCUCCUUGUACUCUCGAAGGCUUUCACGGCCGGGAUCCGAUGGACGUUGUGUACCAACCAAAGUACAAGCUAGAAGCCAAGCCAGAAGAGGGGUUUGAAGCAGAGUUAUGAGUAGCCCCAGCACCAAGGCAACAUGUUUGUCACAGCCUGUGGUAAAGAGUGUGAUGGUGUACCGCAAUGGAGAUCCAUUUUUCCCAGGGCGACGUGUGGUCAUCCAUGAGAAGAAAGUAUCAAGUUUUGAUGUCUUCCUAAAAGAAGUGACAGGUGGUGUGAAUGCUUCUUUUGGAGCUGUGCGAAAUAUAUACACGCCUCGUGGUGGGCACCGCAUCCGGCAACUAGAUGAAAUUCAGAGCGGAGAGCACUAUGUCGCUGGUGGCAGGGAGGCUUUCAAGAAACUCAACUACUUGGACAUUGGAGAGCCAAAGAAAAGACCUCCAGAAAGUAAUAAUGAGUUAGCACUGGAAGAUGUAAAGCCAGUUACGCACAGUAGAAUCAAUGUGUCUGCACGGUUUCGAAAACCACUACAGGAACCAUGCAGUAUUUUCCUGAUUGCUAAUGGUGACCUUAUAAGCCCCGCCGUGCGUCUUUUCAUCCCAAGAAAAGCACUAACUCAGUGGGAUCGUGUCCUUGAAAUGGUUACAGAAAAAGUCACACUCCGAAGUGGAGCAGUGCACAGGCUCUAUACUUUAGAUGGAAAACUUGUAGAGAAUGGUUUGGAUUUGGAAAAUGGGCAGUUUUAUGUAGCAGUCGGUAGAGAUAAAUUUAAGAAGCUGCCCUAUAGUGAAUUAAUCUUCAGCAAAUCCACAACGAGGAGAUCUUAUGGUUCAAAAGCAUCCUCACUACCUCUUGUUGGUGGAUCUGGAAAAUCUAAGGGCAGUUCAAAAUCUACUGACACAGUAGAAACAGUGUCUCCUCAAUCACCAAAGGAGAAGGAAAAGCAUGGACAGAAUCAAGAGUCUAAAAAGCCUGUAAGAGUAAAAGAAAAUGUAAAACCAGUAACCAAAUUUCAUGUUGUUCCCGAUAAUGAAGAUGGUGUUUACAAGGCUGGCAAAAAACGAUCUGAAAUGCGGGGAGCUGUAGAGGUCCAGGAAGAUGAAGACACUCAGACAGAGGUCCCUGUUGACCAGAGACCAGCAGAAACUGUGGAAGAGGAAGAAAACAUAGCCGUAGAACAUAGGGCUCUGCAUCAAGGAGAAUAUUCUGCAAUGAAUGGGGAGGCUGAUCCAGGUGAAGACACUGGAGAAGCCAUGAAUAUGAUGGAGGAAGACAAAGAGAAACCAAAUGACCAUUACAGAGAUGUACAGGAAGGGCAGGCACAUGAACAAGCAGCACAAGACAUGCCUGCAAAUCACUCAAAGGGUGAAACAUGUGAAGAAAAUGGUGUGGAAAUGGAUCACGAUAGUCAUGAAGAAGAAAUAAAAGAAGGUAUUGAUGAUCAAACCAAGGCUGACUCCAACUAUGAAAAGACUUCAACUCCAAGAGUCACCAUUACCAGUCCACAGGAAAGUGAAAAAAAUGAACAAACCAAUGAAUAUGCAGCAGUAGCUUAGAUUUAUUUCAGAGGACAUAGGUUAGCAGAAAAUGAAGGAUGAUAUAUUUUGAAUGCAAAGCAUUAUUUUUCCAUGCUUGCUUCAUUUAUAACGUGGCGAUAUGAUGGAGUGCCACCCAUUGAUUCCUGUCAUGAUAAUGUGGUAUCCAGUACUUAGAUAAUUAAUGCUUUUAAAGAGAAAUAUUGAACUGUAGUUCCAAAGUUUGGUUUGAUAAAAAUUUUAAGGGAAAAUGUGGGAAUUAAUUUAAUAAAUACUGUCAUUAUUGAAUAUUGAAGUACCCUCCCAUGUAUGUUCACAAGACUAAAAGCACUUGGUUUAGAAGAAUUCAAGAAUAUUUUUGUGACUUUAAAACUGAAAACCUG